AUGGCAAGCAAGGAACCACCAUUUAAGGUGGAAGCUCUUUAUGAAUAUAAAUCUGAUUAUGAAGAUGAUUUAAACUUUCCAGCUGGUCAAUUGAUCACAGUAACUACAGUUGAAGAUGAUGAAUGGUACAGUGGUACUUAUAUUAGUACCAAUGGUGCUGAACAAAGUGGUAUGUUUCCAAAAAACUUCGUCCAACCUGUCAAAGAAACAGCCAUCAACGCCUCAUCAGAAACUCGUUCAAGCUUGGGAAAGCCACAAGACGUCUCAGUACAAGAUGAAACUCAGAUUGAAGACCAAUCUGCAUCUACUGCUACUACUUCAGGCAUUGAAAAGGAUAAAACACCAGAAAACCCAGUCAUUUCAAAAGAGCAAACUGACGGAGAACAGCUGGAACACGCUGUCAAGGAAGCAAAAAAGGACAGUAUUACAGAAUCCAAAGAAUCUGCACCUUUUACUCCAAAAGGAUUGAGCUCCAGAAUAUCAACAUUUGAUACUGAAAAAUCCACGCCUUUGUCCAAUGCAAGCACAAAAAAAGAAACUGCUCCAUACAACCAGUCAUUAAAAGGGGUUGCUUCAUCAUAUAUUCCACCAUCUUUAGGUUCAAACAAAGAAGUUACAUCUAAAACGAAACCUGACUUUUCACACUCUUCUUAUGUUCCACCUCCUUUAAAGAAAGACACACCAAAAUCGUCAUCAAUUGAUCAAUCUAAAAGUGAUUUUCAACCAGAAGUUGUGAAACCAACAACUUCUUUCCGUGAAGAACCUCAAGAGGAAGAAGGACCUAAGUUGAGUCUUAAAGAAAGAAUUGCACUAUUACAACAAAAACAAAAAGAAGAAGCUGAAAGAGAAGCUGAAGCUCAAAGAAAGAAACAAGAAAAGAAAGAAUCACAAAAGAAAAUUGCUGCUACAGUUGCUACACCUAGUGCUGUCGAACAUGAUAUUGAUUCUGUUAGUUUAAAAGAAGAUUUACCAUCUGAACCAAGCUCUCAAAAAAUUGAGGAUCCAGAUAUUCAUCUUGAGGCCCAAUCUGUUCCAAGUGAAUCUGAAGCACCUAAAGAUGAGGAUCUUUUAAAGGCCAAAAAAACCAAGGAACCAGAAGAAGAUGAUAAUGAAAAAGAAAAAGAAAUUGACAAUGAAGAGGAAGAAGAUGAAGAAGAGGAAGAAGAAGAAGAUAGCGAAGAGGCAAGAAGAGCAGCUUUAAGAGAAAGAAUGGCAAAAUUAUCUGGUGCUGGUAUGUAUGGUGGUUUUAAUCCAUUUGCUGCACCUGGUGCUGGAGUUCCACCAAAGAAGACAUCAACAAAGAAAAAGUCAAAUUCCAAAGAUCAAGAGGAAACCAUACCACAAGCUGCCCCUAUUCCUAUAAUUCCAAUGGGAGGCGGUGCUCCACAACUUCCUGAAGCUUUACAAAGAAAAAAUACAACUUCAAGUGCAGCGGAACAUGAAAAUGAGAGAGAUCUUGAAACUGAAGCACCAGAAGAUGAAGAAGCAGAUACUGAAGUUGGUGAAGGAAAAGAUCUGGACGAUAAUUUGCCAGUUAAGAGUUCUGCUGCCGAUAUUUCAUCCUUACAAGCUCCACCAAUCGUUCCAAGAAGAAAGAGUGAACCAGUUGCCGAUGAUGAAUCAUUCCAAUCUGCAUCUGAAUCAGUAGGGGAAAACAAAGCUGAUAAUUCAGCUCUGAAUGAUCUAUUGGAUAACAGAAACUUUAAUACAGAAUCUGCAAUUGAAGGUGAUGAUGAAGCUGAAAAGAUUAGUUCCGAUGAGGGUUUCACAUUUGCUGAUAGGGAGAAAGAAAGAAAAGAAAAAGUUAUACCACGUAUUAUUGACUCAAAUUUAGAUCCAACUUCAAGCCAAUUUGCCUCAGAUUACACUACUGGAUAUGAAUCAGAUGAUGAUACCCAAUUACCUGUUACCGAAGAUAAAGCAGAGAUUAGCACACCAACAGUUCCACCUCCACCACCUAUUGCACCAAAAGUUCCACCUCCACCACCAACUGGUAAUACAGAUCCUCUUUCUCAAGUCUCACUAGAAUCUUUAUCAAUCAAUGAAAAUCCUAAAUCUACUGAAACCACAAGAUCAAUUCCACCAAUUCCACCAAUUGGAACUUCUCAAUUGUCAGGAACUUCAGAUCUAGGGGCACCAACAAAAGUUCCACCACCUCCUCCAAGUUUUGAAGCGCCCGAAUUACAAUCCAAAGCUGAAGAUAUGGUACCACAAAUUUCAACAAGAGAAAGAGCACCACCACCACCACCACCAUCUAUUCCAGCUCCACCAAUAAGUCCAGAGCACGAGUUCACCCCAAGCAAACCAUCUAGACGUUCUUCAAGUAUUCAUAGUCAAAGAAGUCAAAGAAGCUUCCGUGAUCCACCUCCAGUUCCACAAUCACCAAUUGAUGCUAGUGGUUCACCUCAAUUACCAAGUAACGCCCCUCCAGGUAUAAAAUCAGCAUCAACUUUUGAUUCCUUCGCCUCCACUAAUUCUUCAGUUCCAAGUCCUACAGUCAGAAGAACAUCAACAUUACCUACAAUCCCAGAUCCAUCAAGUGCUAAUGAUUCAAUUUUUAGCUCAGGUUCAAAAGGUGGUCUUAACCUUGAUAUUGCAAGUGGUUGGUGGUUGAAAAAGAAUGAAUUGCCUCCAAAGUUACAAGCAAGAGUUGACAAAGAUUUAAUUUUUGAAGUUGAUGAACACGUUGUGAAUAGAAGAGGUGGUAAGAAAUUAGUUUUGAAAGAUUACUAUAUUUUGAAUCAAGAUAACUCACAAACUGUCUUACACGCUGUUUUUGAUCCAAAUGAUGCUGAAAAUACAAUUUCGAUUUCUGAAACUUUAGAAACCCCACCAAAUGUCGAUAAAGCCCAAUUGGAUAAAUACUCCACCACAUUUGGUUAUCAAAUCUUCCAAGUUGCAACCAGAUUAGUCAACCAAAAUGUUAAAGAGCCAUUAGUUCCAUUAGUUUUAUCUCAAGUUCCAGGUAUUUUGAAACCAAUUGGAUUAAGAAGUUAUGGUGCUGUUAUUUAUUCUAAUUCAAACAACACAGAAGUUCAUCAAACUGAAGAUUUUAAACCAGGUGAUAUUAUUGCUAUUAACAAAGCUAAAUUUCAAGGCCAUAAUAAAUUACACCAAAAAAUUGUUUAUGAUGUUGGUAACAGUGGUGCACCUUUUGCUGCUGUAAUUACUGAAUUUGAUGAAAAUAAAAGAAAAUUCCGUGUGAUUGAAGCAGAUGCAAAUGGUAAAGUUAAACACGCUUCUUACAAACCUUCAGAUAUGAAAUCUGGUAAGAUUAAAGUUUUCAGAGUUGUUAGCAGAGAUUUUGUUAAUUGGAAUUGA